UAUCGUGCAAGCGGGAUUUAUUUAUCUCACUGCUUUCUGUUUCUCUUAGCAAUAUACAAUGGAAGGAAUGGUCCUUUCCUGCAUUGCAUGGCAGGGAUGGACAGAAUGUAUUGCAAACCAACGUGUAUCUAUAGAUCUGUUGUGUUCAACUCGUUUUUUUCCAUGGAUGUUUUAUUUUCAGUUGCACAGCACAUUAAACUAUCCGAGCUGUUUGUCUGACGUGGUUGCUGAGGGUGGUGACCUUCAGCUGACACUGCUGCUGUGCAGUGCAGGCCGUGCAUUCACGUAGUAUUGAGGACAACUGUAUUAAUGUAAGAUUGAUAGUGUUCAGAUUACUUUGUCAUUCUACUAAAUAACAUAGAGUUUACUUGAUGUGUAACUAGUGCUUGUUUUCUGCAGCAGAACGUGUUGGAUGUGCCUGAAUUCAGCAGUCAUUGCUUAAAUGGGAGCUUUGUAAGUGCCUGACCUGUAUCACAGUGGGGCGGGAGCUCCUCAUGUCACAGAGCUGGGCUGUAUUUAAUGUUUAUCUACAUUUGCAGAUACUCAAAACCUUGUCCACUCUGGAGACUUGCCUGGGAGAGGAAGGGAAACACCCUGGUUUGACUUAAUUCUCUUUCAGUUUGGGUAUAGAUAUAGAUGUAUUUUUUAGGCCUUCCUCUGUAAGGAUGCAAAGUUAAAGUGUGACUGAAGCCCUUCAUUAAACAUCAAACACCCCCCACACGCAGCAGCAGGGGUGACACGCAGUAACUGCACAGCGGACCAUUGAGCGCUGCUUUCUCAAGGGCAACAGCGAUUCCUGCUGCCGUGGAUGCGGUGGGUGAAUUCAAGCUUCUGUGUGAAGCUUUUCAUCCAUUUGGGCUGUGAUUAACACCGCAGCUCCGACCCGCAGCCAUCGCAGCUGCGCACGCACGGAGCUGCCGUGUGAGGGGCGGAGCGGGGCGGGCCGCGCGUGCGCCCUGCCGGCCGCUGGGGACGAUGCCGUCCGUUUCGAAAGCGGUGCCGCGGGGCGGAGGGUCCGGCGGGACCCCGCAGACCGAGCAGCCGACGCAUUACACGUAUCUAAAGGAAUUUAGGACAGAGCAGUGCCCUCUAUUUUUGCAGCACAAGUGUACCCAGCACAGACCAUUUACCUGUUUUCAUUGGCAUUUCCUAAAUCAGCGUCGUCGUAGACCUAUACGAAGGCGUGAUGGAACUUUUAACUACAGUCCCGAUGUUUAUUGUACAAAAUAUGAUGAGACUACAGGAAUCUGCCCAGAUGGAGAUGAUUGCCCUUACCUACAUCGAACAACAGGAGAUACAGAAAGGAAAUACCAUCUCAGAUAUUACAAGACUGGAACAUGCAUUCAUGAAACAGAUGCCCGGGGUCACUGCGUGAAGAAUGGGAUUCACUGUGCCUUUGCUCAUGGGCCGCAUGACCUCAGACCUCCAGUAUAUGACAUAAGAGAACUUCAGGCACAGGAAACUUUACAGAAUGGGCAGCUAGGAUGUGGUGAAGGCAUUCCUGAUCUGCAACCAGGGAAUUUAGCAAGUCAAGCAAUGAUUGAGAAGAUCCUUAGUGAAGAUCCAAGAUGGCAGGACACCAAUUUUGUACUAGCUGGCUACAAGACAGAGCAAUGCACAAAACCACCCAGACUCUGCCGCCAGGGUUAUGCGUGUCCACACUACCACAACAGCCGAGACAGGAGGCGGAGUCCCAGAACAUUCAAAUACAGGUCUACUCCAUGCCCCAGUGUAAAACAUGCAGAUGAAUGGGGUGAACCUUCAAGGUGUGAAAGUGGGGAUAGCUGUCAAUAUUGUCAUUCUCGUACAGAGCAGCAGUUUCAUCCCGAGAUAUAUAAAUCCACAAAGUGCAAUGAUAUGCGCCAGACAGGUUACUGCCCUCGUGGCCCAUUUUGUGCAUUUGCACAUGGUGAAAUCAAGCCAGGUGCUCACCUGUUUUCAACAGACAGUAUAGGAAUCGCAAAUGAAUGGAGCAGCAGUGUUAGUGCCACAAACAGCCUUACGAGUAACACUGCGCAGUCUGGGAAUAUUUCCUGUUCUUCAAGUCCACCUGUAACAUCAAGUUCUGGUAGCAGUAGUUCUUUGUCACCCCUUGGACCUCUCUGUAGACAGAGAUCAUUAGCAAAUGGUGUUUUGUGUUCCGAGUCUAGCACUUCAGGUGUUUCUUCACCAACAACCAGCUAUCCUAAGGCACCAGGUUUUGAACGAGAAGACCAGGCAAAGCAGCGAAGCUUCUCAGCUGAGAAUCAGCAGAAAAAAAAUGAACAGGACAACAAGCAGAACCAUCUCAGUGUUUUUUCAGUGGUUAACCCACUUGCUUCAAGUAUUACUUCCAGUCUGGCCUCCAGUGUUGGAUCAGACAGUUCAUCUCCUACAACUGUCUCUAUUAUCAGUACCCAAACCCUCCCGUUCUAUUCUGCUGAUAACACAGUUGAAUCGGUUAUAGGUUCAGCUUUAGAUAUACAUUUCAAUGGUGUGAAUGUUGCCUCCAUACAUAGAGAGUUGGAAGAUCAGGAAGGCAGUGACCUUGGACUAGCAAGUAAAAGAUUACUGGAAAGUUCAGCACCUGUCAAUAUUCCAGGUUCUCUUGUUCGUUCCUCCUCUUUACAUUCAUCAUCAUCCCUUUCAACCUCUCCACUCAAUUCUCUUUCACAAUCACUUUCUCAGUCUUUUGUUUCAUCCACUAUGGUCCCUCACCAACAGCAGCCUCAGCCUUUGAAGUCGGAACAGAACAUAUUAGGCACCUCCGCCUCUUCUCACAACUCUUUAGGUUUAAAUGGGAGCAUGUGGGACUUUGUAACUGGGAAUUUCUCUCCCAGCCCAUCCCCAGUUCUGAGCAGUGACGCUGCCCCCUCAGUGAGUCCAAACAGCAACGGGAACGAACUGACGCGAGUGAGACAGGAACUCAAUGAUGCCAAGAGAAAACUAAAACAGUGGGAAGAAUCGUGGCAACAAGUAAAACAGGCAUGUGAUGCAUGGCAGAAGGAGGCUCAGGAAGCAAAUGAACGUGCUGAUGUUGCAUCUGCUGACAAACAGCUGGCGCUUCAGAAGAAGGAAGCAGUGGAAAAUAAAUUAAAAAAGCUGAAGGUGCAAUUAGCUGCCUGCCUAUCUACUGCCUUACCAUACAUGGAAAACUAUGGAGACAUAGAGAAAAUAUCCUUGCCAAAGCUCCGCUCCUUACAAAGCCGGCUGCACUUGGAUUUAGGAACAAUAGAUGAGGUGAUUUUUCAGCUUCAGUCAAAGAAGUGUGCAGGAUGUCCAGAAGGUGAUGGUGGCAUUGUCCUGAACCCAUGUCAGCAUUACAUACUCUGUGAUCACUGUGUGGCUAAGCAAGAAGAAUGUCCCUGCUGCAAGAAAAAAAGCAAUCUGUGGUAACAUGCAGGCUUGGUACUCGUAUCAUGUUAAUGAAUGAAAUAUAUUUUAUGCUUUUGUAUUUUGUAUAAAAAUUAUAUAAAUCACUGAUAAUUAAUCCAUUUAACAGUGCUAGACCGAUUUCCAUUGUGAUGUGACACCACGGUGAAUGAAAGCACUCCCAGCUGCUGUCAGUGCAGGAGGCAGAUGUGCAGGUGCAGUCAGUGGGCACUGAGCUCAGCAGGCACUGAGCCACGUCUCUGUGUGUGCUGUGCCAGGGCUGGUGUGUGGGGAUUGGUCUGACACUGUGUUUACUCACCAUUUGAAAACUACGAUUGUUAUAAAAGCACUUUUUAAUUAUUUGUCGUUGUUGUUGGAGGAUAUAUUGUAAAUUGCUUCGAGCUGCUUUCUUGGUCUUAAGCUUAUUUUUUAAUACACAAUAAUACGAUGCUUUAUAUGUGUACUGUGAAUUUCAAAUAUUUCAUAUGGUUUUACUGUUAAAUCAUAAGAUUAAAUAGAUGUGAGAAUUUACUUAGAUUUUCUACAAUUUAUAAGUUAACUGCCUUCUAUGAUAUUUAUAAACCAGUGGAGAGAAGAACAGCAAGGCACGUCUGCUUUGCUAUUGAAGGAUGUGUUAGGUUCUGUGGGCCAAUCACUUCUAGUAACAUACUGUGUGUUUGCAUAUUUCUCUUGGUUUCGAUAUUUGGAGUCUUACAAUGUUUUGUACCUUAUCUAAUUUGUGUGGUACUUGCUGGGAGCAGACGUGGAAUAACUCGUACCAAGUGCCUAUGCCAAAUACUCUAAACAAGAGCAGAAGACAUGAGAAGAGGAUUUUGCAGUCGGGUUCUAUUGCUGAGUUCUGUGCUGUACGAUAUGAUGGUGUGAGAAUGUUCUUGUUUUGAUAGAUAUUUUGAAGUAGAUGUUUUCAGUACUGAGGUAACACGUAUGAAAGGAGCUGCAAAAUGACUUUGUUGUGUCAUCAGGCAGCAGCACUUUGACACAGGGAUUCUUUUAAAAGGUGAAAUACUUCAUCCUGCUUGUUGGGAAUGUGCAAUUUAGGAGAAGUUAAUGGAUUCUUGAUGUUAACAUGUUUGUGUUCGGUUUUGUUACAAGGAAUAACUGCCCGUGUUGUUCCUUCUUUUGUUUAAUCCGGGUGAGAGGUUUGUACAGCUGACACUGAACGACCUCCUACUGUGUUACAUGAUUUGUAUCUCUGUAUUGAAGUCAGCUCACAGGCACAGAAGGGUUGAUCUGUUUCAAGUUCUUUCAUGUUGAAACAAAAAGCAAAGUGUGUAACUGUAACCAUUACUGUUGAAAUGGAGAUUAAUUAAGUGAGGGUGUUUUAUCUGAAUAUAUGAGUCAGCAAAAACCAAUCCAUGACUCAGCUCUAUGAUAACUAAAUGUACACUGCUGCUUUCCCAAGGCACGUCGGUGUGUGGGAAUGGUGAGACCUGGCAGAAAGGGGGAAGGAUAUUAAAGUGUUAAAUAUCUUUUA